AUGCAAUUCAAGACCCUCCUCUCCUCGCUCUUCAUUGCCAGCGCUUCGGCCGGCUGGAUUCAGCUGUGCAGCAGCGAUGGCCACUGCACCGACGCCGGUUCAUCGCCUGCAAACUCAAACAAUUGCAUGGGCCCUAUCCGCGGCAAACCACCGUUCAAAUUCGUUGCCCACGAUUUCACCCCCGUCUCUAUGUCCAUCUUCACGGAUAAGGGAUGCUGGAACAACAACGUUGCCACCUGUGAUGGCUGCAAAGACGUCAAGUAUAAAGGAAAAGGUCCUGUCUAUGGCAUCUUCCACAUGGAUGUCGUCUAA